GGAGAGGGCCGGGCCGGGGGCUGCCGACAGCUCGGGGCUGACCCUGGGGUCCGAUGGCGAGGCAGCAGCAGCCGACCGGAGGGCGCUGAGGGUCGCGGGGACACCGGGACUGCGGCAACCGCCGGGACACCGAACCGGAGGAAAAACGGAGGGGGUUUUGUUGUGUUGAACACGAGUUAAAGCAACCGAGCAGAGAGGCAGAGAGAGAGGGAGAGGGAGAGAGAGAGAGAGAGAGAAAAUGGGGACUCACAUACCUGUGAGGAAAAGGAUACCUAACAGAGAGCGCCUGUCUGCAGAGGACGAUGCCCUGAAUCAGAUCGCCAGAGAGGCUGAGGCCAGACUCGCUGCCAAGCGGGCAGCGCGGGCAGAGGCCAGGGAGAUCCGCAUGAAAGAACUGGAGAGACAGCAGAAGGAGAUUUACCAGGUUCAGAAGAAAUAUUAUGGGCUGGAUACAAAGUGGGGCGACAUCGAGCAGUGGAUGGAAGACAGUGAGCGAUAUUCUCGUAGGUUCAGAAGACUCCCUUCGGUGUCAGAUGAAGAUGAACGGAUGUCAGUGGGUAGCCGUGGCAGCCUGAGGUCAGAUCAUGAGAGUGCUGGGGUCUACGGAGGGGCUGGACAGGCCCCCGAAAAGACGAAAAAGAAGAAGAAAUCCAAAGCAACCAAUGGCUAUGAUGAACUUUCUUACACCUCUGGCCCAAGUAAAAAGUCCAGUAGGAGCUCUAGGUACAGUGACGAAAAUCUUAGACCCUCAAAGAUGUCUUCCAGAACGGAUGCUUUGGGCAGCUACCACUUCGACAUCAGUCAACACACCCCAGGCCUAAGCUCCAAGUCCCACUCCUCAUCCCACAAUGGAUCCCGGGCGUCGCUGUAUGAGGAGGGUGCGUACAGCGGGAAUCGGCGCUGUAGCGCCUCCAGCUCCCGUGCUCCCUCAGAGUACAGCUGCUUUUUGGGCUCAGGAUCCCGUGCCUCGUCCCGCGCCAGCUCGGCACGUGCCAGCCCUGUGGUUGAGGAGAGGCCUGAAAAGGACUUCGGAGAGAAGGGUUCUCGCACCACAUCCAGCCUGUCUGCUGCCACCCUCGCCUCUCUGGGGGGCACCUCCUCCCGGAGGGGCAGCGGCGACACCAUCGCCUCCGUGGACACCGAAGCAUCCAUCCGCGAGAUCAAGGAUAUUUUUGAGCUAAAGGACCAGAUUCAGGAUGUAGAAGGCAAAUACAUGCAGAGCCUUAAAGAACUUAAGGAUUCGCUGGCAGAGGUGGAGGAGAAGUACAGGAAAGCAAUGGUGUCCAACGCUCAGCUAGACAAUGAGAAGAACACUCUGAUGUACCAGGUGGACACACUGCAGGAUGUGCUUCUGGAGGUGGAGGAGCAUCUGGCUGAGAGCAACAGGGAAUUCCAGGAAAAGGCCAAAGAGUUAGAAAGAGAGAAGCACGCCCACAGCGUGUUACAGUUUCAGUUUGAGGAAAUCAAAGAGUCUCUGAAACAGAGAGAAGAGAUGUUAAUGGAAAUCAAACGGCUGACCCAUAGCAAAGAGACCUCUGCCAGGGAAAUCUCUGACCUGCAGGAAACUAUAGAGUGGAAGGACAAGAAGAUAGGGGCCUUAGAAAGGCAGAAAGAAUACUUUGAUACCAUCAGGAGUGAGCGGGAUGAGCUCAAGGAUAUGGUGGUGAUGCUAAAGGAAAAAAUUAAGGCCCAUGGGCUGGUGGUAUCCGAAGUGUUAAAUGGGGAUGGGGGGAGGGAAGGUGACUCACACACAGACCCCGCGGAGGUGGCAUCUCGGGACGCCGCGCCCCAGCUCCCGAACUGCCCCGACGGACCAUUAGAUUUUAGGCUGAGAAAAUUAUUAGAUGAAAGAGAUGUACUGUUAGAACAGGUUAAAAAAUUAAAAGCACAGAUUGAUGAUAAAACGAAGAAUGGGAAAGUGGAUAAUGUCAUGUCGGAUGAUGCAAUCUUACAAAACGGGACUGACCUGCAGAUGAUUGAAGUGCAAAGAGAUGCCAACAGGCAAGUCAGUGAAUAUAAAUUUAAACUCGCAAAAUCCGAACAGGAAAUAAUCGCUUUGGAACAAAAUAUAAUUCGUCUUGAAAGUCAAGUGUUGCGCUACAAAGGUUCCGCAGAAAAUGCAGAGAAAGUGGAAGAUGAUCUCAAGGCAGAAAAACGGAAACUCCAAAGAGAGGUACGUUCGGCACUGGAUAAAAUCGAAGAGCUGGAAAUGAGCAACAGUCAUCUGGUAAAGAGACUGGAGAAGAAGAAAGCCAACAGGAGUGCCCUGCUUUCUCAGCAGUAGCAGAUUACUUCGACAAUCCAUGGCGCCCGUUGGAUGCCUGCAGUGUAAACCUUAUAAAAGUUUCCACGAGACACUUCCCUGUACCACACACACACACAUAUGCACACCGCUGAUGAGAAAAAACACAUAAAAUGGAGAAAAAACCACAUAAAACGGAAAAAAGCACGCACGUUUUCCGACUAGCCACUUUUCACUCUUGUUUCUGAGACAGUUUCAAGUCGGGACCUCUGCCGGAGAGCAUUUAGUCUAGGUGAUUUAGCUUAACUUUUAACAGGAAGUUCUCUCCUAAGCAGAGCACUGCUUUUUUUUGUUGUUUUAAAUGUAGGUUAGCCGUUGUGCAGAGAGCACCGAUUCACUGCAUCAAGUUACCGAUUUUAAGCAGCAGUCUCUGAAGUCACUCCGAGCAUAUUAUAUUUAUUUGUGGUGCAGGAAGGCUGGUCUGGUCUCGACAGGUAGAGGGAUUGGGAGAGACCGUGCGUUUUGAACCCAUCGAUAAUGUGGGUUGUGUCGUUGCUCUCCCCAUAGUGUCCAUAUCUAUUUUAUAUUCUUGCCACAUUUUGCCAAAGUUGUUUGGCUGGAAACCACAACUGAUGUUUUUUGCUUCCGAAAGAAUUUAUUGGGAUGCCUGAAUCUCUUUGGAGAAUCGGAACAUUGAAUCGCAUGAAAUCUCCUGCCAUCCAGAUCGCCAGCGACUGGCUGCUCAGCGUGAUGUCCCUUCCAACACUCGCGACACAAUGACAGUGUUGAAGUCUAUUUUAAAAUGCUGCAAUAAUUGAGGAUUGACUCAAAAUUUAAAACAUUGCUUUGAGCUUAUUUAUACAGGGGAUUAGCAAAUCGUUUCAGCUAUUAAAAUGAAAACCUACUUUGAGUGAUGUUGUACAGACUAGGGUGGGGUGGUGUGGGUGGGAGGGUGCAAAGAGGGGGAGUGAGAGAGAAUGCUGCUUCAAACUGUAUUUUAUAUGGAAGGAAGAGUCGAGUAGUUUAAAAGAGUUUGCUCUUAACCUGUGAGAAACCUGUGGCAGAGGUGUGCUCCAGCAAAUGAUUGUGUUUCCACUACAAUGCACAAUAGUAGGUGGUUGUCCUUGGGUUGGGGUAGGUAGAGGGAUCUUAAGAAAGUAAUGAAAUUCAGGCUUUCACCAAAAAGAUCUGAUCAUGUGCCAUCCGCUAGGAUUUGGGCUUGAGUUUAACUGGCAUCACUACAAGGAAUACAUGGGAGGGGGGAAUGGGGAUACCAGGAGGGUACAUGAUGGGAGGAGGGGGCUGUUCGCUCUGGGAUGCAGUGCCUGGCAGCAAGGCCCAUUUCAGUGUUCGUUUCAUUUGCCGGUUUACUUGACCUUAACCCGCUGAAGAUUAAGUGCCAUCAGCAGUACACUAGUUCACGAGGUAAUAUUUUCCAACCCCCUGGUAGAAUGUCUCUGGUGACAUUGCUGAUCUUAUCUACAAAUCUUUGACUGAGCUAGAGAUACAAAUGCAACCAGACUUCUUGGUCUGAAUACACGAUCGGAAAGGUGAAAGUGUGUUCAAGUCAAGGUUGGGGUGGGGGGGGGUAAGGGCACAAUAUUUUUUGAUGCAUUGAAAGUGAACAGGACUGCUCGUUCAAUUUUAAAAAAAUGAAGUUUUUUCCAUAAUGGAAAAUGACAGCAGUAACGUUAAAAUGUUAAAUAAAACAGGUCUUUGGAAUGAUUUAAUAUAUGUACAUACUGUAGCUUUUAAAGAAAGAAUUACUUUUUUCACGCGUGUACGUGGCGGGUGUUCACUCAUGAACAGAUUGCAGAUCAGGCGACUUGCUGUUUGUUUUCCUUCUACAAGCAUGUUAAGCUUUCAGCUUUAGGAAGAAGAGUUGACGGAGUUAUUUCCUGUUUGGGUAUUUCACUGGUUCAUUGGAUUUUUUUUAAGAAUGAAGAGAUUCCAGGGUGUGAUCUGUUAAGUAACGGUUACUGCACACCACUGCUGUAUUAAUGGUGCCACUACAUUCUCAAAGGUAAUAAAGCCUUUUAGAGAGAC